GCGCAAUUGACGAGAGCCAAAGAGAUGGAUUUGUAAAGCCGCCCCGCGAAACGACGCCGUUUGCCUCUCUCGCUCGUGUCCCAGCUUACGCGCCCUAUUUAAUCUAGCUGGUUUGGCACGAGCAGCAAUCUGUCCCUCCCUCCCUUCCUCCCAUCUCUUCUUCUUUGUGCCCCACCACCCGCAUAUAUAAGUCCGACCCUCUCGCCGCUGGCCACCUCAACUACUCCCUCCAACUACCUACUACAUACCUACGCAUUUUCCAACUUCAACCACCGCCAUGUCCGAGCACAACUACAAGUUCAACAUCACCAUGACCUGCGGCGGCUGCUCCGGCGCCGUCGACCGCGUCCUUAAGAAGCUUGAUGGCGUCAAGUCGCACACCGUCAACCUCGAGGGCCAGACCGCCGAGGUCGUCGCCGAGCCCUCCCUCGACUACGCCACCGUCCUCAACACCAUCAAGAAGACGGGCAAGAAGGUCAACACCGGCGAGGCCGACGGCCAGCCUCAGGAGGUUUAG